UUCUACCUCACCAUUACCUCCAAUCGGAAUCACGUGAGAUUGUAUUGUCUGGUUAUACUGAGGUAUGCCACACAUUUAAAGGACAAAAGAAAGCAGAAACGGGCCUGCCUAUAUAACCGGCCGUUUCGUGCUCAUUCAUCAGUGAGUGUAUUUCUGGUGUUCAGUAUCGCCGGUAGUGCGGAUACUUUUGGGUAUUUAUACCACACAUCGCCUCUGGACCACGGUUCGUGGCCACACAGCUUUGCCAACAUGGCAGAUGAGGUCGUAAUUCAUGUAGAUCCAUCUGAAAGCGAAUGCUUUUUCACACAGCUAGAAGAAGACCUAUCUGGUCUCACGCAACAAACCGCAGCAAGCGUUGUGCCUACUCCAGCUAAAAGAAAAACCAAGCGCAAAAAUGUCGACUCUGCUGCAACGCAAAGCGUAAGUAACCGCGGUGCUAGCACUUCGAAAGCAGCUGGUCAAUCUGAUUUGCACGAAACCGUAGCAAACUUGCAAAAAACAGUAGCCACGCUUGCUGAAGCUAUUGCGCAGCGACCCACACCCGCUCCGCGCUAUGAUGCAUUUUAUGAUCAUGAUAUAUCCGACUUGACCUCAAGAGGCAAUUUCGUACCCGAAAGGGGCGAGAAUUAUGAGAAUGAUAAUAUCGUACCCGAAGGGGGCGACAGUCUUUGUGAUGGCGAUCUAGAUAGCCUUCUGAAUAUUCUAGAAGAGAAAAAUGAUGAUUUGUUAUCUGAAAUGGCGACCCUCGUCGAGGGCGACGAUAAAGUUGGACCAGCAAUUAAUGAAAAGCUUGCUGGAACCAUUAAUGCAUUGGCUAGAGGCAAAAUUGCACCUGAGAAAUUGGAAGAGAAAGUCAAACAAUAUGACAAACCAAAAAACUGCCCGAAUCUCAGCCUAACAAAAGUCAACCCUGAAAUAUGGGCAUUUUUUAAACCUGCGACCCGUGCACGGGACGUAAAAUGGCAAAAAGUACAGGGCUACAUUAUGCAUGCACUGACCGCCAUCACAAUGACCACAGAUAAGCUGCUGAAUGCUCGAAAUUCCAAAGAUCAGCCUAAUCUCGAUACGGCUGAACUCAUCCGAAUGCUAGUGGAUGCAGUAGCCAUGCUUGGCGCUGGUAAUGCACAAUUGAAUUAUCGGAGACGAGAUCUUAUCCGUCCCGACUUGAGCCAAAAAUACGCACCGUUGUGCUCUUCGCAAACCCAAUGCACAUCAUUUUUAUUUGGUGAUGAUCUGGUACAGGCUUGUAAGGCCAUCCAAGAAACCAACAAGCUAGGUUCCAAGGUUCACGGGUUUGACACUGGCGGUGCAAACCGUGGUCGUAGACGUGGCUUUAAUCGUGGCUUCAAUCGAAGCACGCAUUACCCUUCGGGGGACUAUCGGUAUUAUGGCCGCCAGCAGCGACAACCAUUUUACCGAAGGGGCCGACGACCCUACAUGCAUCAGAGCCAAGCACGGCCAACUUCUGCUUACGUGACACAGGACACGUCAAGCGGAAAACAGAAGCAAUCACCAUAAGCCAACCACCAUUCAAGAGACUGGCAAGUGGCGAAGUGAAGUCAUACAGAAAGUAGAGAGAGACCAGGCGACAAUCAUUUUGAUUUUUCCACAUUGGACAACCCAGACGUGGUUUCCGAGACUGCUGCGUGUUCUCAUCAGGACACCCGUCAUCCUUCCCAUGAUCGGCGAUCUGCUGUAUCUUCCUCAAAGACCAGAACAGCAACAUCCUCUACAAGAUCGUCUGGCGCUGUGUGCUGGACUGCUGUCAGGAGAUCGCUCAGCUCAAGAGGACUAUCACGCAGAACUAUCGACAUCAUUAUCGAGGCAUGGAAACCGAGCACGAGGAAGCAGUACUGCUCAGCAAUCACGAAGUGGAUACACUUUCUGUUUUGAACGGUCUAUUAAUCCAAUUCAUGCAUCUGUAGCACAAGCCCUUGAGUUUUUGACUGUAUUAUUUCAUAAUGGUGCCGAAUAUAGUACUAUAAACACAGCACGCAGUGCUCUCUCCUCGCUCUUAUGGUCAACUGAUGACACUGCAUUAAAAUUUGGUACUAAUCCAUUAGUCACAAGGUUUAUGCGGGGAAUUUUUAACCUAAGGCCCCAGCUACCUAGAUAUUCCCAUACAUGGGACGUCAAUAUUUUGUUAAGAUAUAUUGCCCAGUUAGAACCUAUCGAAUCAGUUAGUCUAAAACAUCUGACAUAUAAACUGGUAUGUUUGUGCGCUGUUACAACAGGGCAGCGGGCACAAACACUGUCACUUUUUCGAACUAGCAAUAUGAUUGUUGAUAAUGGUUCCAUUAAAUUAAUGAUAACUGAUCCUAUUAAAACUUCUCAACCUGGUAGACUGCAACCAGUCGUUACUUUAUCACCAUUUUUUGAAGACAAAACUUUGUGUGUAGUAAGAACCCUUUCAAUGUACAUAAAACGCACUAAAACGUAUCGGAGUAAGAAAACAAAGUUAUUUUUGAGUUAUGUCCCUCCGUUUAAGGAGGUUUGUACAGCAACUAUAUCGAGAUGGUUGAAACAGUCACUUAAAGAUGCAGGAAUCGAUACAUCAGUGUUUAAAGCGCACAGUGUGCGUGCUGCAUCCACCUCAGCAGCGGUGGACAAGGGAGUGCCAAUAGACACGAUUUUGAAAACGGCUGGUUGGACCAACGCAUCCACCUUCGCGAAGUUCUACCAUAGAACUUGCACUGACAAACGAGAUGAAAAGACAUUUGCAGAUAGAGUGUUAAAAACUGACAAACAAUAAUAGAAACAGUUUGUGUAUCUGUUAUUUAUAUUUGCGCUACGAUUUAGUAUAAUUUUGCAUUGUAACUGGAAGAUAAUGUAUUUUGGAGAGAGAACAGUAACAUGAUGACCUAUUAUUAUGGAGCAGAUGUCCAUACAUAAAUUUUGAAGUUUGUUCAAGGCUCUUGUGUCUUUUAAGAAUAAUUAUGAAAUCUGUUCUUUUACUUGUGAGUAUUACACUGGCUAGCUUUGAAGUCUCACGUGAUUCCGAUUGGAGGUAAUGGUGAGGUAGAAUUCCCCAAUUAAACGAACGAAGUGAAGUUCGAUUGGGA